GCAGAUGCCUUUUGAAUGCAAGACUGCUGACAUGCUUUGAGGGCUGCCUCACCUUUCCUAACCAUGAACAGUUCGAAAUCACCAGGGCUCGCUGGAUUUGGAAUCUUAAAAAACACAACCUGCCACACAGAGAAGAAGAUUUCGGUUUUCUUUUCAAUCAUCUUCAUGACAGUGGGAAUUCUGUCCAACAGCCUUGCAAUAGCGAUUCUCCUCAAGGCGUAUCAGCGCUUCAGACAGAAAUCCAAAGCCUCCUUUUUGCUUCUUGCCAGUGGCUUGGUUGUCACAGAUCUCUUUGGCCACCUCAUCAACGGAGCCAUCGCGGUGUUUGUGUAUGCAUCGGAUAAGGACUGGAUUCGCUUUAACCAGUCCAACAUUCUUUGCAGUGUUUUUGGCAUCUGCAUGGUUUUCUUUGGUUGGUGCCCCCUCUUCCUGGGCAGCGUGAUGGCCGUUGAGCGGUGCAUUGGAGUCACUAAGCCAAUAUUUCACUCUACAAAAAUGACUUCUAAACAUGUGAAAAUGAUGUUGACUAUGGUAUGUCUGUUUGCUGUUCUUAUAGCUUUGCUGCCUAUUCUUAGGUUUAGAGCCUAUCAAAUUCAAGCAUCGAGGACCUGGUGCUUCUAUAAAACAGAACAUGUUGAGGACUGGGAAGACAGAUUUUACCUCUUACUUUUUUCUUGCCUUGGGUUACUGGCCCUUGCUAUUUCAUUCUUGUGCAAUGCUGUCACAGGAAUUACCCUCUUAAGAGUCAAAUUUAAAAGUCAACAAAGACAAGGCAGAUCUCAUCAUUUUGAAAUGAUCAUUCAGCUCUUGGCUAUAAUGUGUGUUUCUUGCAUUUGCUGGAGUCCAUUCCUGGUGACAAUGGCCAGAAUCGGGAUAAAUGAGAAUCGUUCAAAGGAGACCUGUGAAACAAUACUUUUUGCUCUCCGAAUGGCAACAUGGAAUCAGAUUUUAGAUCCCUGGGUGUACAUUCUUCUCCGGAAAGCUGUACUUAGAAACCUGUACAGGAUCACAAGGGGAUGUUGUGGCUCACACAUCAUAAACUUGCACAUGUUGGAACUCAGCUCCAUCAAGAAUUCUUUGAAGGUUGCAGCAAUAUCUGAGUCACCAGUAAGUUCCAAACAAAUAAACCUACAGCCGCUCAGCUCUACAGGGCACUAAAGUUACCAUGGUGUAUGAAGAGGUGAUGGAGACAAUGCUCAUUUGUGGGCAAUACCUUAAAGUGAAUUCCAAGGCUCAGUGGUUUAGCAUUUGUUUCAAAUUGUGAGUGGUUUGCUCUUGUUGCUUACUGGUUUGAUAUUGCUACUCGAAACAAUGCACUUGAAUGUUU